AACAGUAAACAUACUUCUGAAUUUCCGGAAUCCCCCAAAAAAAUAUACAUAAAAAAAAAUUUAAUUGGAGAAAAAGGAAAAGAAUCCUUUAUGAUUUUAAACCCAUUUUUCCAAAAUCAAAAAUAUUAAAAACCCCCCCUUCACAUUCAUGCCCCCUUCAUCUCCCUCUCUGCACUUUGUUUUUCUCUCUCCAAAACCCCCCAAUUUUCUAACCAAAUUUGAUGUAAUUGAUUUGUGAAUCGAAGAGAAGGUUGCAAAGAUUGAAUUUUUUUUGUGAUUGGGAACUUUUUGGUGCAUUUUAUUUCUGGGUUUUAACUGCAUUCAUCAGCUGCUCCUUCAGUGUGGGUUUCAGUUUUAUCUGGGUAUUUGGGAACUGUUCAGAUUUGGGGAUUCUGGUUGGUUGGUCGAACUAUGAAGGGUUGAUUGAUUUUUUUUGGAUGAUUUUUGAUUCUGUGAUAAUUUUUUUAUUUGGAAUUUUGUUGGUUGAGUGAAAUGAGAGAAGGGUUGAGGUCAAGUAGUUCGAAGAGGGAGGAUGAUAGAAUUGGUUUAGGCCACAGAGAUGGUGAUUUGAGAAGGGUUAAAAUUCCUGAUUUGAAUUUAGAGGAUAACCCAGAUGAUGUUUUAAGUGAAGAAGGGGGGAUAUUAUGCUCUGAAGUGAUCAGGACCGAUGGGAAAUUGAAUGAGUUAGUGUGUGAGAAAGAAGGUUUUGGUGAAGAUGAGAGUAAGAUUAAGGGUAUGGAAGUUGAGGAUGAAGUAGAGAAAAAAGGGUCUGUUGAGCUCGAUUGUAGCCUCGAUGUUGGUGGCGAGAGAAUUCAGGCGGCGGUGGCGGAGGUUGUGGAAGGUGUAGAAGGUCACGUGGGUGGUGUUGAUUCGAGUAUGAAGGUUUGUUCAACUAGGGCAAUUACAGAUGAGAAGGAAAUUGGUGAUUGUUCUGGAAAUUUGGAAAGGAGUUCUAGAAGUAUCAAUGUUAAUUGUGAUGGCAAAGCUGAGAAUAUGGAAAAGGAUGUAGAUGCUGAUACUGAAAUACUGAAACCGGGUGCUGCACUAAUCGAAUCUCCUGAGAAAGUGUUUGUUACUGUAGGGUUUAAAUGCAAAUUUGAUGAAGUUGAUAGGAGUGACAGAUUCAGAAAGGAGGUUAAACAGGACAAAGUUCAAGUUGCUGCUAGAGUGUUGAGAUCUAGGGUUGUGCCAGCUAAUGGUUUGGGAGAAGAAACUGAAGGCAGGAAUAUCAGAUCUUCGCAUAGGAAAAAGAAGAGCAGAAUCGAUGUUCUAGAAGAAGAAGCUAUGGUCAUAACGAAAGAUGAAUAUGACGGAUUAGAUGUUGACUCAGAAAACAUGUGUGAUAGUAGAGAGAGCAAGAGGUCAAGUGAUCACUCUGAAGAAAGGUUUGUUGAGCCGAAUGAUGAUCGAGUUGUUUAUGAAGGUAAGGAUGAAGAUGAUAGCAAUAAACUGAUUAUAAGUUCAGAAAGGAAGGGGAAGCGUGGAAGGCCCAGAGAUCACCCUGAAGAGGAGGUAGUUCAGAUGAAUAAAGUACAGGCUGUUUCUAAAGUUGAAGAUGAAGGUUUGAACAACAAAUCUGCAAUAAGUUUAAAAAAGAAAGAUGGGCGUGGAAGGCCGAGGAAGUAUGCAAAUUUCCUUGAAAAUGAGAAAGUUGUUCCUGAUAAGAUUGAAGAUAAAGCGGGAAACAGUGAUUCAAGCAGUUCAAAAAAGAAGGAUGGACGUGGAAGGCCGAGGAAGUCUGCAAAUUUCCUUGAAAAUGAUGCUGGAAACAGUGAUUCAACAAUAAGUCCUAAAAAGAAGGAUGGACGUGGAAGGCCGAGGAAGUCUGCAAAUUCCCUUGAAAAUGAGAAAGUUACUGAUAAGAUUGAAAAUGAAGCUGGAAACAGUGAUUUAACAAGAAGUCCUAAAAAGAAGGAUGGACGUGGAAGGCCGAGGAAGUCUGCAAAUUCCCUUGAAACUGAGACAGUUGUUCCUGAUAAGAUUGAAAAUAAAGCUGGAAACAGUGAUUCAAUAAGAAGUUCAAAAAAGAAGGAUGGACGUGGAAGGCCUAAGAAGUCUGCGAAUCUCCUUGAAAAUGAAGCUGUUACCAGUGUACCAGCAAGAAGUUCAAUGAAAAAGGAUGGACGUGGAAGACCUAGGAAUUCUGCAAAUUGCCUAGAAAAUGAGAAAGUUGUUCCUAAGAAGAUUGAAAAUGAAGGAGGAGUUGUAAGCAACAAGUCUGUUGGAAGUUUGACACAGAGGCGCAUAAGUGGAAGGCAAAAACGAUCAGUUGAUUAUGCUGAAGAGCAAGAAGCUCGAAAGAAGAGGAAGCUUUCCUUUUCUAAUGUUGAUGAUGAAGCUCUGGUUGAAGCUAAAGAUGAGGGUUUAAGCAAUAAAUCAGUAAGGAAAUCAAAAAAGAAGGGUAAGCGUGGAAGACCCAAGAAAGAACAGGGAAAUGCUCUUGAUACAUCUCCCGUGAGAAGAAGCAGAAAGGAAAUUCGGUCAGGUAAAAAGGUCAUUUUUGCUGGACUUGAUGAAGACACUGUUGAAAAUUCUUCUAAAGGUGAAGAAACUCUAUUACCUGAAAGAAAUUCUCCUGCUAAGCGUAAGAGGGUUGAAGUACCUGGGUCUCUUUCUAGUGAAAAGAAUGCAAUAAGAAACCAAAUAGUGGAUAUGCUUCUUAGUGCAGGUUGGACAAUUGAAUACAGGCCGAGGAAUGGCAGAGAGUAUAAGGAUGCAGUGUAUGUAAACCGCGAAGGAAAAACUCACUGGUCAGUUACUAAGGCAUACAGCCACCUUCAGCAGGAAGCUGAAGAGGGUAAAACUGGUGAAUCUAAUUUUACUUUUACCCCAUUACCCGCAGAGGUACUCGGCCGAUUGUUUAGAGUUGUAUCCAAGAUAAGAUCAGACAAGAACAAGAAAAAGAAGGACAAGGAAGAUGGUGAUAUUUCUGAUGAAGAGAUCACCAAGGGAAGAGCUAAGAAUAAACAUUCUGCUUUGAAAAGGAAGCCCGCAGUCCGGGCUGGGACACAAGGUAGAAGGCGGUGUGCUUUGGUGGUGCGCAAGUCUAAUCAGGGUUCAAAUUCAGAGAUUGAUGGAUCUAUUGCUCAUUCAGGAAAGCAUAGUGUUCUUGCUUGGAUGAUUGAUUUGGGUUCCGUUACUCUUAAUGGGAAAGUGCAUUAUAAGGAGUGCCAAAAAGCUGAAUCAGGGUUUGAGGGAAGCAUUACCAGAGAUGGCAUUCUUUGUAGUUGUUGCAAGAAAAUAAUCUCAGUUUCUGAGUUCGAGAACCAUGCGGGGAGCAAAGUUUGCCAGCCUUAUGAAAAUCUUUACGUUGAAAGUGGGUCUUCACUAUUACAGUGUCUGCUGGACUCCUGGAACAAACAAGAGGAGACUGGUCGUUUGGGGUUUCAUGAUGUCAAUGUGAAUGUUGAGGACCCAAACGAUGAUACCUGUGCAGUUUGUGGAGAUGGUGGAGACUUGAUGUGCUGUGAUGGCUGUCCAUCAACAUUUCACCUGGACUGUUUAAACAUAGAGGAAUUGCCUUCAGGCGAAUGGCACUGUGUUUUUUGUUCGUGCAAAUUCUGUGGUGAUGGUGGAGAAUCUGCAACUGCAACCCAGGGAGUUGAUUGUGACGCAGUAUCUUCACAAUUGAUCACGUGCAGUUUGUGCGAGGAGAAAUAUCACAAAUCAUGUGUCGAUGAGGAGGAUGAUCACUGUGUCAAAUCCCAAAGGCCUGGAUUUUGUGGGAGGAACUGUGAACAGAUGUCGGAGCGGUUAGAGAGUCUUCUAGGAGUAAAGUAUGAUUUGGGAGAUGGAUUUUCGUGGACUCUACUUCAACGGUCUGACCUUAAUGCAGAUCCUGUUACCUCGGAACCCUUAAAGAUUCAAAACAAUUCAAAAUUGGCGGUGGCUCUCUCUGUUAUGGAGGAAUGUUUUUUGCCUAUCAUUGACCCCAGAAGUGGUAUCAAUUUGAUACGUCAUGUCAUCUAUAGCUGUGGAUCAAAUUUUAACCGAUUAAGUUUUAGCAGCUUUUUAACUGUUGUGUUAGAGAAAGGAGAUGAAGUAAUAUCUGCAGCUUCCAUCAGAAUUCGUGGGAAGCAGCUAGCAGAAAUGCCAUUCAUCGGGACACGUAAUGUCUACAGACGCCAGGGAAUGUGCAGACGGCUACUUGCUGCAAUUGGACAGGCCCUCAGUAGUGUUGAGAUAGAGAAGUUGGUCAUCCCUGCUAUUCCUGCACUUAUAAAUACAUGGACUUCAGUAUUUGGUUUCGAGCCCCUUGAAGAAUCUGUAAGAGAAGAAAUGAGGUCAAUGAAUUUGGUGGUAUUUGCGCAUACUGAUAUGCUGCAGAAACCAAUCCUAAAACAGCAGAUUGGUGGGCACGGCACAUCUUUAGUAGAGAAAGAUGCAGAUUCUGGUGUAUCUCAGAAUGACCAUUUAGAUUGCGGGGCUGAUAAAACUGAUGCUGACAAGCCUGAGGUUCAUGAUUUCCGUUCAAAUCGAAAAUUCGACUUAAAUUGUGCCGCUCCUAAUGUUCCCGACUCUUCAUCUGAUGAAAAACAUCUGGUUAAUCCUGAUUCAGACACUGAGAACUGUGAGAAUGAAGUGAAAAGCAAAAUGAAAUUGUCUGAUGAAAUUGUCUUAAAUUCUUCUGAAGUUAGGACCUUGCAUCCAGACUUGAAUUUAACAGCGGAAAACGAGUCUUUGUUUGAUGAGAAAAAUCCUACUAUGAACUCUGAUGAGGUAGCAGCAAAAAGUAACUCAGAUUCUUCUGGUCUGACUAAUGUCAAGGGUUGCUGUAUUGUUGAAAGUGACGGUGAUCAAAACGGGGAUUCUACGGCUAUCAGAACUUCCGAGGAAAAGACUCUUAACCCUGAGUUGAAUUUGGUUGGAAAUGUGUUGGAGAAAAAUGACAGUUUGCCUUCCGAUUCAGUAAAUGUAUUAGCAGCUUCAGCGAGUGUUGGGGACCCGGUUUCCAGAUUAGAUGUACAAAAACCUGUUGACCAUGAGAUACCUGUUGACCAAAAUGUUGACGGUGAAACGGGACCAUCAAGUUUUCAGGUAGUAGAAGGUCAAGCAGCAGAAUCUGCUAAGUGUUCUGAGUCUAAAUCAUUAGUUGUGUACACUGGUGUUUCACAGUUCACUUCUGACUCCUCGUGUAACAUGAGUUCUGCUGCCGGUGAGAGUUGUGCUGCUGGUAUAUUUCUUGGAAGUGGCAUUGCUAAGGUUGGUCCAACAAAGUCUUAGAUGGAAGAUAGAUCUGUAGCUGAAAGAAAGUAGAUAAUGCCAUUGUAUAGUUAUUAUAGUUGGCAUUUUUAAGGACCAAACCUUAACUCACUCUCACACCUCAUCCAUAGCCUGUGCAGUUAGUAUGUUGUUCGUAGUUCUAUCAUCCUUUUCGAUCCCCUUUCGUGACCGAAUCUGGAGAAGCAAAAGCGGGGAAACAAAUCUUAACCUUUUACCAGUAACCAGUGUAUACAUUUUGGUAUAGUAUUACUGUCUGUUACAAUUGACCAGUUUUUCAGUAUUUUGACGGGAAGUUGGAGAACUUCAUUAACUCCUUUAGGUUUGCUGACCAUUUUUGACGACGCCUCAACACCAACGAAAGUCCAGAUGUUAUUGCAGAACCGAGAAUUACGCCAUUCGGCCAUUGUUAGGUGAUUCAAACAUUCAUUUGGUGGGACUUUUUGUUAAAAUGUAUAGUCCAUAAAACUUGUAAUGGAACUUAUUUUCUAGCCACAUCCUUUUACAUAGGGUUUAGCUUAAAGGGGGGCCAUAAUAUAUUGUUGUGUUUAGGAGUAUAUUGUUUUUGUGGCCCCAUUGCUUUUGAUUUUGUAAAUGGAAGGAAGAAACAAGGAAAAACAGGCUCUUUUUGAUCUAUACAGUCAAGUAGUAUCAACUUCUGAAA